AUGUAUACUGUCAAACGAACGCGUACUGUAUCCUGUCAAACAGCAAGUUCAGUUGACAAGCAAUUCACAGAGAAGAGUGUACAGUGUGAUAACCAUAUAUUAAACAGCUACAAUAGAGACAGAAAAUCUAGCCACCUUACUUAUGACGAACUCGUUGAAAAUUAUCUUGGUAAUAAUGAAUGUAUUAUCAAGUGGUUGCAAGAAUUGGAAAUUAUAGCCCGGUCGGUAGUGUGUCCACAAUGCCAGAAUUUGAUGGUCCUAAUAUCGUGUAACGAUCGAUCCGAUGGCUACAAAUGGCAGUGUCGAAAAGCUGUCAAUGGAAAACGGCACAAAGUAGAAUCUAGUAUACGGAAAGGGUCUUGGUUCGAUAACAGUAACAUGACGCUGACUGAAAUAUUAAAGUUCACGUAUUGGUGGUGCAUUGGUCUCGAUCAAAGCCAAAUUAUCUCUCAACUAAAACUAAGCCCAAAUACAGGUGUUGACUGGACAAUGUUCUGUCGAGAGGUUUGCCUGGCAACAAUUGAGAAGAAAACAGAAAAAAUUGGUGGAGACGGGAAAACGGUACAAAUAGACGAGAGUAAAGUUGGUAAACGCAAAUACCAUCGAGGUCACUAUGUCGAAGGCCAAUGGGUUUUCGGCGGUAUUGAACAAGACUCUCGAAAAUGCUUUAUCGAAAGCGUUGAGGACAGAUCAGAAAAAAGUCUUAUUCCUCUCGUUCAAAAGUGGAUUUUAACAGGAACAAUUAUAAUAUCUGAUUGUUGGAAAGGAUACAUAAACCUAGAAAAAUAUGGAUACGUACAUAAAACUGUCAACCACUCCAAGGAAUUUGUGAAUAAAGACGGCGACAACACUAACAAAAUUGAAGGUCACUGGCGCCAACUGAAAGCCAACUUACCAACUCACGGAAGAAGAAAAUAUCACUAUUCGACAUACUUUGCUGAAUUCAUGUGGAGAUAUGUACACAAACAAGCGGACCUUUUUUGGGUAUUCCUAAAUGAUGCAAAACAACUUUACAACCCAUCAAAUAUAUAG